GUUUCUAGGAACCGGAACCAACUGCUUAUGGUUUUGGUUUUGGUUCCAAAUCUUAGGAAUCAACCAGUUCUGAUUUCAGUUCCUUCAUAAAAGGGUGUGUCAAAGAAGUAGAGGAAAUACCAGUGAUCCCCAUCUAAAUAUCAGCCUCAAAAACCGGAGCAAUCAUUUUGUGUCAAAUGGAUUGAAGGAGGUUGUAAGUAUUUUUGUGGAAGAGAAAUCAUGGACCUCUGGGACCGAAUUUGUACAAUUCUUCAGGCCAGGAAAAUCACUGUUGCAGAUGUGUCAAAGAAGAAGUCCGUGGAUCUUCUCCUACUCCAUGGAGUUGCAUAUGAGCAUCCAUGGUUUGGUAGAUGGGGAUACAGAUUCUACCAUGGAAGAGUUGCAGAGCACAACUACAAUAGAGCAAUUGAAAUCUUUAGCUCUUUGGAACUUGAUAAAAAUGCAAGAUUUCGUGACAACAAUAAGUGGAGACAAAUUAAGCAAAUAAUUCACUGCUACAGAGAUAUGAGUGAAACCCAACUGAUUACACUGAAAGAUCUUUUUAGGUUUAUGUUAACUUUCAAUUCUGGAAGAAAUCAAGUAUUCGACUGACAAUUAAAUGUAAGGAGUAAGGUUGAAUUUUUGUAUGAUACAAAUAGUUAAAGUUGAAUUUUUGUAUCAUGCAAGAUUUCGUGACACCAAUAAGUGGAACAAUGUUGGACUGUUCAAGCAAAUGCAAGUCUAAAUGGAAUGCAAUUCAGUUAUAUUUUACUUAUAAUUGAAUUAGGUAAUUGUUGGAGAUAGAUAAAUCUUUAUGUACAAAUAUUAGA